AUGAAUCACUUAAAGUUCUUGGAAAUCAUCUCCUUUGUAUAUGUGUUGGUGACAGUGAAGAAUGUGACUGGAUCAUCAGUAAGCCAUGAUGAAGAAUGCUCAGCCUUGUUUCAGUUUAAACAAACCAUGAUUCAUCAACAUGAUGUUUCUUGUGUUGCUUAUGGCUCUCAAGUGCUCCAUUCAUGGAACACUAGUUUUGAUUGUUGUUCAUGGGAGGGGGUGGCGUGCAACAAUGACCAUGAUCAGUACUAUGUUCAUGUGAUCGGCAUUGACCUGAGCGAGAGGUCUCUUUGUGGGCAUAUCAACUCCAACAACACCCUCUUCAACCUUGUUCAUCUUCAGAGACUCAACCUUUCUGGGAAUGAUUUUGGUGAUUCUCAAAUCCCAUCUGAGAUUGGUCGUCUAAAGCAAUUAAGAAGCCUUGAUCUCUCUUAUUCUGGGUUUAGUGGCCAAAUCCCGAAUGAAAUCUCACAGUUGAUUCAGCUGUCUUCUUUAGAUCUGUCAGGGAAUUCACUAAAGCUUUAUAGUCCUAGCCUCAAGAACCUUGUGCAAAACUUAACAAGACUUGAAGAACUCCAUCUUUCCGGGGUGGACAUAAGUUCCUCUGUACCUCGUUUCUUGGCCAACUUUUCUUCUUUGAGAUCAAUCAAACUAAGAAGCUGUUCCCUGCAGAAUGAAUUCCCUUCGGCCAUACUUGAUUUACCUAAGUUGCAACUUCUUGAUUUGGCAUACAAUACUCACCUCACUGGUUUCUUUCCUGAAUUUCAUGGCAACAGCUUACUUGAAAUGGUGAUACUAGGUGCCACAGGUUUCUUUGGGAUUGUACCAGAAUCUAUAAGCCACCUCAAGCAGUUAAAAAUCUUGUCCCUUAGUGAAUGCUCUUUCUCGGGGCGUAUUCCAGGUUCACUCUCUAACUUGUCACAACUCACUUUCUUGGGUCUUGGUGACAAUAAGUUCACAGGUUCAGUUCCUUCUUUGGGAGGUCUUUUGAAACUCGAUGUUUUGGAACUUGGUGGUAACAAAUUUGAGAAAGGAUGCUUUCCCAAUUGGCUUGGAAAGCUGACUAAACUUAGUAAACUCUCUCUGUCUAAUAUGAACAUAAACGGUGAAAUCCCACUCUUUCUUGCCAACCUAACCAAACUUAAUGUGUUAGAUAUGGAGGAAAAUUCUCUUAUUGGUCGUAUACCAUCCUGGUUGUACAACCUCACCCAACUAACAAUAUUAGAUCUGCAAAUAAAUCAAUUGCAAGGACCAAUUCCAAACACAUUUUCCAGCUUCAAAAGUCUCGAGUAUCUUGACCUUGGUAAAAACAAUUUCAGUGGUAGGGUAGAACUCGACAUGUUCCUAGGACUCAACCAACUCCAAACACUCUCGUUAAGUGCUAACAUGAUAUCAUUAGUAGUCACAAACAACUACACCAAUACCACUUUACCAGAAUUGGAUAAGUUAGGACUGUCAUCAUGCAACUUGAAGGAAUUUCCUGCCUUUUUGCGCUUCCAAAAUAAAUUGAGAGCCUUACUUCUUGACGACAAUAAAAUUGAUGGCCUGGAGAAAUCCCAUCGUCAAUAUGUGGCUUGA